AUGGCAUUGAAUAAUCAAGAAUUUGGUAAUAUAGGUUUAAUAGUUGCUGUCCUAGCUGUAUUAUUAUCAACUAUUGGAUUUCUUUUGAUUGGUAGAAAGAGCAAGAUAGGUGUAUUCAGUGGUACUGGUGGAGGUAGAUCAGAAAAGAAGAUAAGCAAUAAGAAACCAACAUUAUUUAUUGCAGGUCCAUCGAAUAGUGGUAAGACAGCAUUGUUUCAUUGGUUAACUACAGAAACAUUUAAAACAACAGUAAUUUCACAAUUCCCAAAUACUUGUGAGGAUUUUAAGUUAUCUUCUGAUGAUAAAUCUGUCUCAUUAAUAGAAUUCCCAGGUAAUUUUAAAUUACGUUAUAAAUUAUUAGAUUCGUUGAGAAACUCGACUAAUAUUAAAGGUAUUGUAUUCCUAGUAGAUUCCACUGUAGAUCCAAAACAAUUGGUUGAAACUGCUGAAUUUUUAUAUCAAAUAUUGAACAUUACCGAAAAUCGUAAGCAUAAUGGUGUAGAUAUAUUAAUAGCCUGUAAUAAAUCUGAAUCGUUCACUGCAAGACCACCUCAAAAGAUUAAGACUGUCCUAGAAACUGAGAUUACAGAUAUCAUUAAAAGAAAGAAGCAGUCGUUGGGUUCGGUAAAGAAAACAGCCGAUAGUAAUGUCGAUGAUGAUGAAGACGAUGAGAUGGAAAAUGAAAAUAUAUUGGAUUCAAUGAAAGACUUCAAGUUCUCUGCAUUAGAAGGUGAAGUUGACGUCAUUGAGGGUAGUGUGUUGAAGCAAAAAUUAAGCAAAUGGCAAGAAUGGAUGCAUGAAGUAAUUAAUAAAUAG